AUGGCGUCUUCGUCCUCUUCGACUCGCCAUUGGAUGUACGAUGUGUUUCUGAGCUUUCGAGGGCUAGACACCCGCAGAAACAUUGUUAGCCAUUUGUACUCGGCACUUUGUAACAACGGAAUCAGAACUUUUAAAGACGACCAGACGAUGGAGAAGGGAGACCCGAUUCCAGACAAACUCCUCAAAGCCAUCAAGACCUCACAGUUCGCCAUAAUUGUCAUCUCAGAAAAUUACGCUACUUCGACUUGGUGCCUGGAGGAGCUCAAGACGAUAAUGGAGCUUCGCAAGGCGAAAGGAGGCAUCAUCGUGAUUCCAAUCUUCUAUGGAGUUGACCCCAGUGACGUCCGACGCCAAGGAGGAAGUUUCGAGACUGCGUUUGCUAGCAUGGGACAACGUCCAGAAACGGCUGACAAGGUUCUCAAAUGGAGAGAAGCUCUUACUGGAGUCGCUGUUCUGCAAGGCUUCGACUCCAGGAAAUGCAUGGACGAGGCAACAAUGGUUGAAGAUGCUGUCCGAAGAAUAUCAAACCAGCUGCUCACUGAGCACACUACAGAUCAUGACGAGGAUAUUGUUGGGAUGAGCAGUCACAUGGAAUCCUUAGGUUCUCUGUUGGAAAUGGAAUCGGAUGAGGAGGUUCGUUUUGUAGGGAUUUUGGGAAUGGGAGGAGUCGGCAAAACCACCAUUGCUAAAUAUCUAUAUGGCCGGUUUGCACGUCAUUUUUCAGCUGAUUGUCGUUGUUUUGUAGAAAACGUCGGAAAUGAUUAUAGGGAGAAAGGUCUCUUGUACCUUGAGGAAAAUUUCCUCUCAAAAUUUUUCGGUGUUGAACAAACAAGGCGAUGUAAUGUUGGAUCUAUAAAGGCUAAACUCAGGCACCGAAAAGUUUUUGUUGUGCUUGAUGAUGUAGACAAAGUAGAGCAGCUACAUGGCCUGGCAAAAGACCCGAGCUGCUUUGGUCCGGGGAGCCGUAUCAUCAUAACCACACGAGACAAGGGUAUCCUCGACACCUACAGAGUGAAAACUCAUGUAUACCCAGUUAAAUGCUUGGACCAAGACGAUGCCCUCCACAUGUUUAAACAUAUUGUUUCCAAAGGAGAACCUUCUCCUGAUGGUGUGGAGCAGCUCUUGAUCAGAGCUUCUAGGCUUGCUCAUGGCCUUCCUUACGCUCUUAAAUUCUACAGUUCGGAACUCCGUUGGAAAAAGACAAAAGAGGAGUGGGAGAAAGCAGUGCUUGAAUGGGAAGAAGCUCCUCACAAGAACAUAAUGGGUACUUUGAGAAGCAUCUAUGACCGCUUAGGAACACGGGACAAGAUUGCUUUCCUUCAUGUAGCAUGUCUUUUUAAUGGAGACAGUUUGUUGCGUGCCAGUAGCCUUCUUGAUUGUGGUGAAUCUAGGAUCAGAGAUUUAGUGGAGCAGUCGCUUGUUGACAUAUCAGCUCAAGGGUGCAUACACAUGAAUGUUCUGGUAGAACAAAUAGGAAGAGAAAUCGUGCUUGAAGAAUCCGGUGGUAUCCCACAGAGACAGAGAAUUUUGUGGGAUCCUGAGCAUGUCUAUGAUGUCCUGCACGGCAACACCGGCACAGAAAGUAUUGAAGGUCUGGCACUACACAUGUGUGACAUGCGUGACGUGUUAACUUUCCAAGGCAGUGGUUUUCAGCGGAUGCAUAAUGUGAAGUUUCUCAAAUUCUACACGCACUUGGAUAAUAUCCGAUCCAAUUUGCAGCUCCUUCCACACACAGCUUCACUUCCACGCACGCUUAGGUUACUACAUUGGGAUUCAUAUCCAUUAACAACCUUGCCUUCGGACUUUUCCCCGCGCAGUCUCAUUGAUCUCAGUCUGCGUUACAGCAAUCUUCACAUCGUCUCCAACAGAAAUCUGGACCUAAGAAACUUGAAGAGACUAGAUGUGAGUGGAUCUAAGGAACUAAGAGAACUUCCAGAUCUAUCAAGGGCUAUCCAGCUAAAGGAGUUGGUUGCGGAAGGCUGCAGGAGGCUUGAGCGAAUCCUCAUGCCCAUCAAAAGACAAUAUGCUCUGACAAAACUCGAUCUAUCAAACUGUGUUAGUCUUCAGACUCUCCCGGCUUUCAUACCAGAAUGGAUUUCCCUUGCACAACAACCCAUUUAUUUCCGAUGCCAUGGCACUGGACUGACGUUUGAGAUAAAUUCACUGAAUCCUUUUGCAAGUCUCUCCAUCGAAGGUGACAUCAGAGUUAGGUUGCAGCAGUUAGUAGGAGAUGCAGAGCACCUCUCCUAUGUUUCUGAUAUUUUUGGAAAAUCACUCAAGAUCAAGCGGUCAAGCUACAUGGAAGAUUACGCUCCUUUCAGCUGUGUUAGCUUAUCAGAUUUCUCCCACUUGGCUGAGUUGAAACUCAUCAACUUGAACAUCCGUGAAGUCCCAGAUGACAUCGAUCAAUUGCAUUUGCUAGAGAAACUGGACCUUAGCGGAAAUGAUUUCAAGUGUUUACCAACAACUUUGGAUCACCUUGACAAGUUACACCACGUCCUGCUAUGCAACUAUACAAUUUACGUGAGCUCCAUCUGGAAUCACUAUCACAUCGGCUGGGCGUCACUGAGAUUUGCUGGCAUACCGGGAAAUGUCAUGUCCAGUUACUUGGAUAACCAAGCCCCUAGGCUUUCCCCUAAUCUUCUUGGUUUCACUGCAUGUAUCAAGGUUUCUUGCGAUGGAAGCUUCCAUCUCCAGUUUCCAGUCUCUUCUUAUAGUUGGAAGUGGGAAGCUGGUGGUGUAUUUCAGAUUAACCUCAGGCCAGAUAUAUAUCGUUCGACCGAGCUGGAGUCUCAAGAGUCGCUUACGUCGCAUCACCUGAUUAUCAUCCAAGUCUUAACCAGCGAAAAGAUUGGUGAAGCCAGUAGAUUUGAAUUCAAAUCAAAUCUUCAGUUUUCACAAGACUUUACGUCUCCACCCGUUGGGAUAAAAGUGUUGGAACAUAAUUGA